AUGCGUCAACCAUGUUCGAUUGAGAAAUGCAUGCGCAAAUCACGUUGGCUGUGUGAUUGUUGUCAACAACAUCUUUGUUUACAACAUUUAAAUGAACAUAAUGCUAUACUUAUUUCUCAAUUGAAUCCUUUAACUGAUAAAAUUAAUGCACUUGAGGAUCGUCUCAAUACGUUAAACAUUCAAAAGACAAUUGAUAGUGGUCGUCAAAAACUUGAACAAUGGCGUCAAGAUUGUUAUAAGAAGAUUGAUUGUUUAUUUGAACAAAAAUGUCGAGAAAUUGAUCAACUUGUUAAUGAAAAAGUUGACCAACAACGAGAAGAACUCAAUCGAAUACAUUCGAAAACAACUGAAUUUAUCAAUGCACAAGAAACAAGUCGUCAAGAUAUUGAUUUAUUAAAAUCAACUAUUCGUCAGCUUGAAACAAAUAUGAACGAAAUCGAACGAACACGUUUUACCAUCACUACUCGUCCAUUACUACUAGACGACACGUUCGUUUAUAUUACGAAAAUGACUGAAACAGAACUUGAUCUAUCAUAUCUUUCGCCUCCAUACACAACGAUUCAUCGUAGUGAAGGAAGUUGUCGAUCAUUAACUAGUAAUGAUCGACAUUUUUUGAUACAUCAAGAACCUAAUUUAUGUUUAUUUGAUCGAGAAAUGAACAUGGUUAAAUCAAUGUCAUGGCCGUACAAUACAAUCUGGGACAUGUGUUGGUCAUCAGCAUUAGAUCGAUUCAUUAUACUUGGGAAAAAGAACAUCUUUCUCAUUAAUGAAAAUACCAUGUCAAUUGAUAAUCUGUACACAGUUUCAAAACGAGAUUUGCUGUCGUGUACAUGUUCUGAUAUAGUUCUUUUUGUAUGCACAAAUGAAGGUGCUUCAUCCGUUCUUGAAUUCAUAUUAUUUCCAUCAAUUGAAUUGAUUAGAGAAUGGAACUCUCCUCUUACAUGUAUGAAAGAUGAAAUUAUCAAUGAUAUUGUUUACAAUAACGGACAUCUUGCUUUGAUAGUUAAAAAUAAAUCAGAGAAAUCCCUUCGUAUUGAAUUGAGAAAUGCAGAGACACUCGAUCGUAUCUGGAGACUUCAACUUGAUAUUAGAUGUGCUCAGAAGAUACCAUUUCGUUGUUGUGCACUCUCUGGUAAUGAAUGGCUCAUUGUCGACUAUGAGACUGAUCGUCUGUUACAGAUUACAAAAGAUGGGAAAAUGAAAACAGAAAUAAAAUAUAGUCCAACUCCCUGUCGUGCUCUUAUGUUCGAUACAAAUGAGCUAGCUAUAUCAACUGUCGAUGGAGUAAACCUGCAUACAAUUUAA